AUGCUGGAAUUUGACGGAAAUUCGUCUGCUAUACGGACAGUGACGUCACACUACGGACAAGUCACCACUGGCGGAAAUAUUUCCCCUUGGCUUGCAAGAGUGCCAUCUGACAACACCAAGGCCUAUUGCCAAUUCUGCCAUAAGCACCUUAGUGCCGAGAUCUCAUCCAUUAAACGCCACCGGGAGUCAAGGCAGCACGUGAGUCUCGAGGAGAGACGGAAGGCAACUGCAGAGGCUCAGAGCUCGGCAUACGAGGAUGCAGCAUCCAGGAGAGAGGAUGAUGCAAUGGCAUUCUCUGUGGCUUAUGCAACUGUGCUCUUCAUCAUGUUCUUAGCAGAGCAUAACUUGCCAUUUAGCCUGUGUGAUGGGAUGAUCGAUCUUCACAAGAAGAUGUAUCCUGACUCCCGUAUAGCAGCAGAAAUGGUGCUACAUAGGAAAAGGGGUGCAGCUAUUACUAGCAGGAUGGGAGACUUGGUGAAAGAAAAGUUAAUUUGCAAGCUAAAACAAAAUAAAUUUAGCCUCAUCAUAGAUGAAACUACCGAUUGCUCAUUAACUAAAACUUGCGCCAUACUGGCAAGAUAUUUUGACCAACAGAAAAUUGCUGCAAAACAGAAUGCUAGAUAUGGUUAA